AUGCGAGGCCGAAGCGUGUCCCGUUACCCCACCAGGGACGCCUCACGCUUGGGAGACAUCAUGGAGGAAAUAAAAAGAAUGAUUCACACGCUGCAGUAUUUCACCACUGCAUCCUCUCAAGUUCCAAACUUCCCAGAGUAUGUGGAGGUUGGUUAUGUUGAUGGAGUUGAGAUUAUUUACUAUGACAGCAACAUCAGGAAAGCAGAAUCCAAACAGGACUGGAUGAACAAAAUCACAGCAGAGGAUCCAAAAUACUGGCAGAUACAAACAGAGAUCAAUGUUGGUAAUGAGUUUACUGACAAACACAACCUUGAAGUUCUUAAGAAGCUUUUCAACCAAACUGGAGGUGUUCACAUUGUCCAGUGGAUGUCAGGAUGUGAAUGGAAUGAUGAGACUGAUGAGGUUACAGGUUGGAAUCAGGCAGGUUAUGAUGGAGAAGAUUACAUAUCGUUGGACAUGAAGACAUGGACAUGGACUGCAGCAAAACCACAAGCUUUCCCCACCAAACUCAACUCCAUCUUUACCUCCAUCCACACCUUCUCCCCACGUUGUCUUCUGUUCACACGUGACAUCACUUCCUGUGCAGAGCUUCCAGAGGUGUUCCUCCUCCAGAAGACGCCAUCCUCUCCAGUCACCUGCAUGGCGACAGGUUUCUACCCCGACCUCGCCGACCUGUUUUGGAGGAAAGACGGCGAGCAGAUGUUGGAGGACGUGGAGCACGGAGAGCUGCUCCCCAACCACGACGGAACCUUCCAGAUGUCGGUGGAGCUGAAAGUGGAGGUGACGGCCGAGGUGGAGGGCAAGUACGAAUGUGUGUUCCAGCUGUCUGGCGUCAAGGAGGACCUGGUCACCAAGCUGGAGAGAAGAAGCAUCCUGAGCAACGCAAGCCAUGAAGGUGAGAAAGACACAUUUAGUUGGAGAUGUUUCCCAUCACAAGUCCACCUGUCACCAUUAUUGAUCCAUGUCACCAUGACAACGCUUGACGUCUGCAUGCAAAGUAGUCAUGAAGGUUUCCUCUUCAUGCUUUGUCACUCCACUUGUGCUUUUUUGCUCUCCACAGACAACUUGAGCGUCGCCCUCGCUGCCACGGCGGCGGUCGUCGCUGUGGCGGCCGUCCUGGCGGCCAUCAUCAUGGUCAUGGUCAGGCGUCACAGAAACAGACAAGGUGAGGGACACCAAUGUCCUCCGUCUUCUUCUUCUUCUUCUUCUCGGUCCAGGCCGUGAGUUGAUGCUUUCAUCCGGGCUGCAUGUUUUAGUUGCCUUCCAGCCAAACACUCAAAGAUCCACAGAGACAGAGCGCACACUCUCACAUAGAAACACGUGAGGAAAAAGUCCAUUUCACCUUGUUUCCCUUUCAUUUCAGCCCAGUACGAUCCAGCUCGUAAGUAAAACAUCUUUUCUUUGAGCCGCAAGAAACAAAGCCGUGGUGAAGCGUCACUCACAUGGAGGUCUGAUGUGGACCUUUGUUACAAGUUUAGCCUGAAAAUCCCAACUUGGGCUGACUCCUUCACAAUAAAAGAGCCUCCUGUGAGCACACGCAAUACAAAGUGUGGCAUAUCUCACGUUUGACAUGAGUCCUCAUGAUGAGGAUCAGCCAAAUGAGACCUCAAGUGU